AUGAACAGUGUACCAGAAUCUGUUGAUCCAACUAAUCAAGAAUUGGCACUUUUGGAUUGGUCAUCCGGUAUUCGAAUAUUUUACUGUACUGAUGCACCAUUAGAAAUUCUUGUGGAACCAUUUAAACAAGCAUUAAUACGAUCAUUAAACAAAUUUUGCAGAAAUGCUACCGCAUGUCGUCUUGUUAAAUCAAUAUCGUUUAAACCGGAUUAUGUUGUCUUGCUUGAUGGAUAUCCAAAAAUAAAUUACGGUGCUGUACAAUUUCGAUUUGUUAUUGUUUUACCACCAAAUGCUGUACCAAUGGAUCGCUUAAGGAAACCAUUCCUUACAAAAGAAAUUCUCUCAAACUUUCUGAAUGCAUCAAUCAAAGAAUUUGAGCGGAAAUUUGGCUGGAAAGUAAGCAGUUAUGAACGAUUCCCGAGAUUUGAUUCAAUAACGGAAUUCAUGAAUGUAGCAUUGAUUCCUAUUGGAUUAAUUCUUCUCAUAUUAAUGCUUCUAAUUGCUUAUUGGUCUUCUACGAUCAGUCGUUCAACUGGUAGUAAUGAAGAAUGGUAUAUUGCUGGAGUAAGUGGUGGUAAGAGCACGGCCAUGAAAAGAACGUUAGAAAUUAUUGAAGAGCAAAAAAUUUUAUAUGCUGAAAAGAAUGAAAGGAAAGAGUCACGCCUCGCUAAACUUUCAAAGCUUUCAAUUCAAACAAUUCCUGAAACAUCAUCAAUAGCGGAAAAACAUGAAUCAAAACAAGAUAUUGAUAAGUCAAAAGAAAUUACCGAGGAAUGGGAUAAUAAAUCAUCAAUGGAACCAACACCAUUACAUUUGUCAACAAUAGAGUCUGAAAGUACAUCAACUUUGAAUUCAACUAUUGCUUUCAAAAAUGUCGGUGCAAGACGAAUUUCUCAUCGGCGGAUGAGUUCCAUUGAUGAUGGUUUUUUAAAUAUCAAACGACAUCGCAAAAAGCGUUUUAUCCCAGGAACAAAACGACUUACACAACGCCAGUGGAAAUUGACAAAUAUGGCGUUGAGUGGAUUUGGAAAAUUCGGAAGAUAUUGA